CUGUCCUCUGGACCUCCUACCUUGGGAGAACGGGAGGACAGGCAACAACAGCAUUUCUUUUCCUCUCCAAUGGAGAGUGGACAGAACUGCUGCUGGCUUUAGCCCAGUCUUAUCUUUGCUUUGCAGGUGGCCCCCUGCUCUAUGAAGGUAUCAGUCUCACCAUGAACUCCAGAGUCUUGAAUGGUUCCCAGCGGGUGGUGAUGGACGGCGUCAUCUCUGAUGUUGAGUGCCUGGAGCUGCAGAGACUGACCAACGCAGCAGCAACUUCAGGAGACGGCUACCGGGGUCAAACCUCCCCACACACCCCCAGCGAGAAGUUCUAUGGCGUCACUGUCUUCAAAGCCCUCAAGCUGGGACAGGAAGGGAAAGUCCCUCUGCAGAGCGCCCACCUGUACUACAAUGUGACAGAGAAGGUGCGGCGCGUCAUGGAGUCCUACUUCCGCCUGGACGCCCCCCUGUACUUCUCCUACUCCCACCUGGUGUGCCGCACUGCGAUUGAAGAGGCACAGGCUGAGAGGAAGGACAGCAGCCACCCUGUCCAUGUGGACAACUGCAUCCUGAACGCGGAGGCCCUCGUGUGCAUCAAGGAACCCCCUGCCUACACUUUCCGGGACUACAGCGCCAUUCUUUAUCUAAACGGAGACUUCGAUGGAGGAGACUUCUAUUUCACUGAGCUAGAUGCCAAGACCGUGACGGCAGAGGUGCAGCCCCGGUGUGGAAGGGCAGUAGGCUUCUCUUCGGGCACAGAAAACCCGCACGGAGUGAAGGCCGUCACCAGGGGGCAGCGCUGUGCCAUCGCCCUGUGGUUCACCUUGGACGCCCGACACAGUGAGCGGGAAGCAGCACCCGUGAGAAGGUGAGUGCCUGCUCUGAAGGCCUCUCAAUAGGCAAGGGCUUGUCCUUGCAGGACAGGGUGCAGGCAGACGACCUAGUAAAGAUGCUCUUCAGCCCAGAAGAGAUAGUCCUCCCCCAGGAGC